AUGGAAAUAGAAGAAACCAAGACAAGACUUGUUAUUUUAAGACAGCCAAAAAAGAAUGAAGACUAAAAUAAAAAUAAUUAAUUAUAGCUAGCUAAGAGAAAUCCAAAUGAAAUAUAGCAAAGAGUUGUCUAAAUCAUUUACAAGCCAUUAGCUGCUCAAAAAGAAAUAUUUUUAUCGCAUGAUAUGUAUAUUGAGUUUAAUGGACUUGAUAAUGAAUAAGGAUUUUUAGUUUAUAAAUCUCUUUACAAAUAGCUAAGACCUGUAGUUUCGCUUAAUCAUCUAAAAUAGCUAAAAUUUCUUCAAGUAAACUUAGAUUAAACGUAAAGAGGAAUACUUAACUUAGAUCCUUUGAUAAAUUAGCUGGAUUCGCUACAAAAUUAAGAAUAUCAUUAAUUGGCUACGCGUCUUACAAAUUAUAAAUAGAAUCUUCACUACAUAGCAUAAUGCUGUUUAAGCAGAAAAAUUCCAGAAAUCUAGAAAAGAAACUAUCAAACUUUUAACACUUUUAUGAAUGAAGAGCUCAAGAUUUUUUUAGAAGAACAAGAUCCUUAUGGAUUUUAUAGUUAUUAAUUAAUUUAAUGUGUAGAUGAUCUAUCAGAUGCAAGUGUUAUCUAAUCAGGUUGCAAUGAAAAUUUUAUUAAGCUUUUAGGAUCUGAUUUAGAAAGUUAUUAUAAUUUGAUUAUGCGUCAGGGUUUCUUUGAGGUUACUAAUUAUACCAAAAGGAAUGAACAAACCUAAGAAUUUAUUGAUAUUGUAAAGACUCUCUUUGAAAACAACUUUGAUAUGUCAAGUAUUAUGGUGAGUGACAAUAUAGAUAUUUUAACUUUAGAUGGAAUCAAGAUAACUGCUAAAAUUGUUCCUUAAAUUCAUAUUUGUUACGGCUAAGACGAAGAUGGAAUCAUACCAGGUCAGAAAUCAAUUUUAGGAUAUCUCUAUAUAGUAAAAUAUAUUUUGGAUGAAAAAUAAAUUCAAUAUAUUCUUGAUGUGAGGCAGAAUAAAAAAAAGGAGUUUAGUGAGCUAAUUUAUGAAGAGCCUGAAUAAUCAUUCUAGCAUUUUCAAUACACCUGCUCUGCCUAGCAUUUCAAAGAAUUUUAAGAAAAACACUCAAAAUAAUCAUUUUAAUAAAUUCCAAACGACUAUUAAAACUGUGAAUCUAAAACCUGUAAAAUCAGGUUCCUGUGA